AUGAUACUUUCUCAAAGAGCGCUCUUCUUUGUGAGCAUAGCCGCAUGCUCUACUGCAGCGGCUGCCGCGAGCGAUGGUACGGCAAGACCUCGGGGGGUCGGUCCAGAAUACGGCAGCGAUGAGCCUGGGACGUCAGCAUGUUCUUAUUUAUCCCGUAAUUCCCCACUGACAGUCGCCGAUCGCCCGGGGAACAGCGACCUCGAACUUACACUUGCCCUCCCGGGAUUUUAUUGCAAGAAUAAAGGCCAUAAGCCGUCAUAUGUUUCUUUUCAGCGAGUGAAUGACGGUAUCUGCGACUAUGAGUUCUGCUGUGACGGGAGUGACGAGUGGGCGCACGUCGGGGGCACCAAGUGCGAGGACAAAUGCAAAGAGAUUGGGAAGCAAUGGCGCAAACAAGAGGAGAAGAGAGCGAAGUCUAUGACAGCUGCCCUCAAGAAGAAGAGAGACCUGCUCGUAGAUUCGGGCCGACAGCAAAAGGAUAUCGAGGAUCACAUCAAGAGACUCGAAGCUGAAGUCCAGGCGCAAGAGAUUAAGGUGAAGGACAUGGAGGCUGAAUUUGAGGAGGUGAAGAAGCGGGAAGAGAGCAAAAUGGUGAGGGGCAAGAAGGCAGGCAAGGUCAACAUCCUUGCCUCCUUGGCCAAAGGACGGGUUGAGGAGCUCCGGAAUGCGCUGGUAGAGGUUCGCAAGGAGAGGGAUGAGGCUCGAUCGCGGUUACAAGAGCUCGAGGAUAUUUUGUCCAAGUUCAAGGUUGAAUACAAUCCCAAUUUCAACGACGAGGGUGUCAAACGAGCUGUGCGCAGUUGGGAGGAGUAUGCUGCCAGAGAGGACGUGGGCAACCUCGGAAACAGCGCCCGUGACCGAGAUCUGGAUGAAAUUGCUAAACCUGAUGACGACACAUCGGGAGUUAACUGGGAGCAGUGGGAAAAUGAGGAGGACGGAUGCGAGUCUGAUGCAGUCUACAAGCUGGCGGCUUACCUGCCUCCUUCUAUUGUGUCCUUUGUGGAGGAUAAAGUGAUUUCCAUUCGGAGCUUCCUCGAGAAUAACGGCAUUCUGCCCAAGAAGGAAGAAAGCUCGACUUCCGAAUCCAAGGCAGUGACAGAAGCUCGCGACGCCCUUGAAUCGUCCAAGACUAGUCUUGCGGAACUAUAUACUCAGCUGAAAAACCAUCAAGCUGAUCUUGAAACCGACUAUGGUAGGGCCGGCGUUUUCCGCGCUCUUAAAGGCGUUUGCAUCUCCAAGGAUUCCGGGGAGUAUACGUAUGAACAUUGCUUCUUGGAUCAGACCAAGCAGAUUCCCAAGAAAGGCGGAGCAUCUGUUCGGAUGGGUAAAUUCGUUCGUAUCGGAUCUGUCAGCGUCGACGAGCUCAACGCGACGGGCGAGAUUGUGCCCGAGGAACGGGUUUCUCUAGAGUACGCGAACGGGCAGACCUGCUGGAAUGGACCGGCUCGGUCGACCACAGUCAUCUUGGAAUGUGGGCAGGAAAACGAAAUCCUCAAAGUGACGGAGGACGAGAAGUGUGUCUAUUCCAUGAUUGUCACCACGCCGGCGGUAUGUCCGGGAGGAGAAGAGGAAGGCGAUGUGGCACCAAGGCGCAAGGAUGAAUUGUAG